AUGUUGUCUUCCACGGUCAUGAGCGUCUCGCCGGGAGUCCCGACGCCCUCGUCUCUAACUCCACCGUCUCCUCCCUCGUCCUCCCCCGUUCGCGCGAUUCCUGGCAGCUACGGCUGGCCUGUGCUCGGCCCGAUCGCCGACCGCCUCGACUACUUCUGGUUCCAGGGCCCGGAGACGUUCUUCCGGAAGAGGAUCGACAAGUACAAGAGCACCGUGUUCCGUACCAACGUCCCUCCGUCGUUCCCCUUCUUCGUCGGUGUCAAUCCUAACGUAAUCGCCGUCCUCGAUUGCAAAUCCUUCUCCUUUCUCUUUGAUAUGGAUGUUGUCGAGAAGAAGAAUGUCCUCGUCGGCGACUUCAUGCCCAGCGUCAAGUACACCGGCGACAUUCGAGUCUGUGCCUAUCUCGACACCGCCGAGACCCAACACGCCAGGGUAAAGAGCUUUGCCAUGGACAUUCUGAAACGGAGUUCCAGCAUCUGGGCAAGCGAGGUCGUGGCCAGCCUGGACACCAUGUGGGACACCAUCGACGCCGGCGUCGCCAAGAGCAACAGCGCCAGUUACAUCAAGCCUCUCCAGCGCUUCAUCUUCCAUUUCCUAACUAAAUGCCUUGUUGGCGCGGAUCCCGCUGUGUCGCCGGAAAUUGCGGAGUCUGGCUACGUCAUGCUCGACAAAUGGGUUUUCCUCCAGCUCCUCCCCACCAUCAGCGUCAACUUCCUGCAACCACUCGAAGAGAUCUUCCUCCACUCUUUCGCUUACCCAUUCUUCCUCGUCAAAGGAGACUACAGAAAACUCUACGACUUCGUCGAACAACACGGCCAAGCCGUGCUUCAAAGAGGCGAAACCGAGUUCAACCUCUCCAAAGAAGAAACCAUCCACAACCUCCUCUUCGUCCUCGGCUUCAACGCCUUCGGUGGCUUCACCAUCUUCUUCCCAUCUCUCCUCAGCGCUCUUAGCGGCAAACCGGAGUUACAGGCCAAACUGAGAGAAGAGGUCAGAUCAAAGAUCAAGCCGGGAACAAAUCUAACCUUUGAAUCGGUUAAAGACUUGGAACUAGUCCACUCCGUCGUGUACGAAACUCUCCGCCUCAACCCGCCCGUCCCACUCCAAUACGCUCGAGCCAGAAAGGACUUUCAACUGAGUUCACACGACUCAGUUUUUGAGAUAAAGAAGGGAGAUCUGCUUUGCGGGUUCCAGAAGGUGGCGAUGACAGACCCGAAGAUCUUCGACGACCCGGAAACUUUCGUACCGGACCGGUUUACGAAAGAGAAGGGGCGGGAGUUACUGAAUUAUCUCUUCUGGUCGAACGGGCCCCAGACCGGUUCACCCAGCGACAGGAACAAGCAGUGCGCGGCCAAGGACUAUGUCACCAUGACCGCUGUCCUAUUCGUGACUCACAUGUUUCAGCGCUACGAUUCUGUCACGGCUAGCGGUUCUUCUAUCACCGCCGUUGAGAAAGCUAACUGA